AUGGAUGAUGAUGUCUCUGUUGAUUUUUAUUUUAGACAUCUCACUUUCACUGAAGAAGCAAAUUCUCUUCAACGUAAAGUUUCGAAGCUUGAACGUUCGCUCUCAUCGAUAUCAACGAGUUUAAAUGAUGGAGCACUCCGAUCACUUCUUGCCUUAACGCUGAAAAUUGGGAAUUAUUUAAAUUACGGAUCAAACAAAGGCUCAGCGCGUGGAUUUUCACUAGACUCUUUGACCCAAUUACGGACAGUGAAGAGCGUUGAUGGGACUACAAAUUUGCUAAGGUCCGAAAUUCUGGAUUGGAGCUUAUUUAUUGCAGAAACAGUUGAACGCCAAAAUGCUCAUUUCUGGAUAGACCUUCGCGAUUCUAUUGGUGGAGCGCAGAUUGCGAUGGACGUGUCUUAUGACGAUAUUGUCGUUCUCUCAAACCAACUGUCCGCCAAAAUCACAAAAGUUGAGAAAGAAAUCGAAAGAAUUGGGAAUAGCGGAAACGUGGAUUGCGAUGAACAACCGUUUUUGAAUGUCUUUUCACAAUUCGUUCAAUUUUCCCGUUCAGAGCUUCUAUCAGUUCAAGCAGCGACAAAAUCUAUAGAACACAAACUUCAAACUCUCUUGAAGCUGUUUGCAUACAAAGGCAAGACUCCUAAGGAUGGAAUUGAACUUGUUAAACGUUUGUACAAAUUUUGGGUUGAAUUGUACGCUGCUCACAUGGAGAAUCACGAAAAAGAGCAAAGAGCACGCGAACAAAUGUUCCGAAUGGCAAAACGAAACCUAGGAAAUCAAACUGCUCGUCCGUCGCGUCCGUCUGAUACGGACAAACUCAAAGUUCCGCUGACGGCUCGUCCUUCGAAAAUGACGGAUUGCACGUAUCGAGGGUCUCAACAGAUACCAUCCCAAGGCUCAAGCACAUCAUCAUCCCCACAGUCUAGAGGGUCCCGUCCGGUGCAACCGUCACCAAACAUGGUCAUUCCUCGUUCACCUCCAUCCAACCCUUCGCCUUCACGACACUCCACCCCAUUUCAGUCGGAUACCAAACACCCUCUAGAUUUGACUUCAUCUCAAGCUUCUACAGUCUCAACAUUCACAUCGAAUCGAAAUGACAAUUGGACAUCGAGACCAAUCAAUGGAUUGGCGACUGUCGGAGAAUUCGAACAGUCACGUGAAUCAAGUCGUUCUAUCUUCACCAGUCGACGCGCGCAAGAACGCAACGCUUCAGAAUGGAAUACGUUCCUUCCGACAUCUGGCGUUCAAUCCAAUCGAUCCCAUCAUGAAGAUGGAAUUCCUUCAAGGAACGCCGAAAAAAAGCGACUUCCUGUCUGUAGAAGGAGACAAGAGGAGAUCUCUAAUGAACUUGUGACAUUUGAAUUGCAUGCAAAUGAUCUACAAAGCGUUUCAUUUUUGAAGGAAUUUCACUACGAAGAACCACAACAAAUUUGUUCUACCAAAAUCCGAUUGGAUCAACAAUCAGUCAGGAAUCCAUCGGCACAAGAAGGUCGACGCGUUCCACAAACGCUUGAUCGGUCCAUGCACAAAGGACCAGAGAAGUUUCCGACUGCAAGACCACACUAUUCACCGACUGCAAGACCGCACUAUUCACCGACUGCAAGACCGCACUAUUCACCGACUGCGAGACCGCACUAUUCACCGACUGAUCGGACUGCAAAUCACUUCGUAUCUCCCAAUCAUGAAGAGUCGGAUAAUCAAAUCAGAAGAAGAGUCUUAAAUUCUCUAAGUGAUGAGGCCAAGCGAAGAUCGAGUAAUCCCUACAAAAAGAUUUCAAAAUUAUUUCACUAUUCAUAA